AUGGGAGGCACUUGCAGUAAAACCUAAGUUGCAUAUGAUAAAAAGGUGAUUAUAGUUGGCUGCUCUUUUGCUGGGCUAACUUUAGCUGAGUAAUUAUGGGAUUAUUUUGAUGUCACUCUCAUUGACAAAAACGAUUACUUUGAAUAUAUUUGCACUACUACUCGAUCCUUGGUCAAAGAUGAGCAUUUAGAUUCUAUCACAGUAAGUUAUGUGACAAUGAUGAGAGCUCAUUCCAAAAGAGCAGAGUUCUAACAAGGUACUUUAAUGGAAAUAUAUCCUGAGAGGAAUCAAAUUUUACUAUAAAAUGUCUAAACAGGUGAAUUUGAUUAUAGAAAUUAUGAUUUUCUUGUCAUUUGUACUGGUUCAUCUUAUCAAUAGCCAACUAAAUUCUUGGAAGUACAGUCUCUUGAGGAGCGGAAGUCAAGAUUAGCUUUGGAAUAAGAAGCAAUUAAAAGAGCAAAUUCCAUUUUGGUUGUAGGGGCUGGACCAGUUGGAGUGGAGAUCAUUGGAGAGUUAGUUCAUGCAAACAAUUAGAUCUAGCCUGACUUGAAUGGAAUUAUUUAGAAAAAAAGACUAGGAAUCGUAGGACAUGGAGAGAAAGUACUUCCGAACUUUGUUCCUAAAGCACAGGAAUACGCGCAAUAGUUUAUGACUAAAAAUGGAGUUGAAAUUUAUAUGAAUACUCAUUUUGAUGAGAAUUUUAAUCAAACUCAUAAAUUUGAGCAUGUCAUAUAUUGCUAGGGAUCCUCUUACAAUACUUAGUUUAUGCAAAACAGUCCUAUGAGGUAAUUAUCAGAAUGUGUCAAUUCAAAGGGAAGAAUAUUUGUCAAUGAUUAUUUGCAGGUAACAAAUAUAAAUCCCCUACAAAGACCUGAGUCAAAUUUGUCAUUGAUUGCACUUAGUCAAAAGAAGACUACUAUGCAACAUACAGAAGAUUUAGAUAAAUCCUAAGAAGUCUAGGAACUUCUGAGAUAAGUUGUAUUUGAGAAUAUAUUUUGCAUUGGAGAUGUUGCUCAAACCUCUCUAAACGAGGAAAAGACAGUUUAUCCCUUAAAGUAAUGUGCAAAUAUAUGCGCAUAGAAUAUAAUCACUUUAACUGAUUGCAAUGAUUCUAAAAAGCAGCUAAAAGCACUACCUCCAAGAUUUGAUGGAGUCUAUCAAAUAAGUUUGGGUCCAGAAGAUGGAUUCAUGAUCAUUAAUAACUUCGUAAUCACUGGUAAAAGAUAAUCAAUCACCAAAGAAUCUUAUCAGAAUUUGUAUAUGUAAAAGUAUAGAGGAGACGAAAAAGCUAAAAAACAAAUAGAUAUAGAGAUGAAAAAAUUGGAGUAUCUCCUAUGGGUAUGUAAUAGUUCCUGCUUUUAAUGCUGUCCCUGUGCCAAUACAAGAGAAGGAAGGAGACCUAAUGAUGAAAAGUAAAAAAUGAAUUGA